AUGUCCUCUUGGGGUUACGAAAUAGAUGGGACCUGUUUGCUUUGUCGUACAGAACCUGAAUCUCGUGAUCAUCUCUUCUUUCAAUGCUCUUACUCUGCUUUUGUUUGGAGAAAACUCUUUCUCCAUCUUCAGCUUAGUAAUGUUCUGAUGAACUGGGGUCCGCUUCUUUCUUGGUUCCAAGUAGCUAAUUUGGAUGCUACAACACGAUCAGCGUUGCUUCAGGCUUGGCAAGGAGCUAUUUACGAACUCUGGAAGGAACGUAAUCGUCGAUUGCACGACGGAGUUACUCUCUCCCAUAGUCAAGUGCUUAAAUUUGUUCUAUCCUCUGUUUUGGAUAAAUGUCGUGCUUUACGCAUUAUGGGUUCUUCACAAGGAGAUUUACUUCUCCAAAAGUGGUCUCAUUCCAAUGGUUUUGGCUGA